AUGACAACUACAGAGCAGCCCACGGGCGAAUACCGUCAGUAUUUGCCGGAUUUGACCCUCUACCGGUUUCAAGUGAUGCGUACCCAGGAUGCGCAUGAGUAUGCGCACGCGUUCAAGACACAGAAACAGCCGCCAUGGUUGCAUGCUCUGUAUAUGCAUUGGCUUGAUCUCUUGGAAGAGCCGUUCAAGGGUGUUACAACUGAUGGCAAAGUCCACUCGGACCUUUACCAGUUACAGGAUGAGAGUGUCCCAGUUGCGCAGAUUGUAGAUGCGACGGCAUCGUUCUUGGCCCUGUUGGACGACAAGCAAAAAGAAGCCGUCUCCUACCACAUCGACUCUCCACAGUGGCGCACAUGGGGGGUUCGUCUCGACGAGGUCUCUUCGUCCGUCCGCGACGCUGUGAUGAACAUACUGAAAGCCACUCUUUCCCCAGAGGGUUAUGACAAAGCCGUCAAAGCGAUGCGUAUCAACCACUUCCUCGGUGAACUCGUUCAAUCCCCGCGCGUCAUGAAUGAGUUUUCCUACAAUUUUGUCCUCUUUGGCCGUCCGUCCACGACCCGUCCCUGGGGCUGGUCAUUCUACGGCCACCAUCUCUGUCUAAACAUCUUUCUAUAUAAAGGCCAGAUUGUUGCCUCGCCAUGGUUCACCGGGGCUGAGCCCAAUGAGAUCGACUCCGGUCCAUACGCCGGGACUCGCAUUCUGCAAGUUGAAGAAAAGCUCGGCCUCGAGCUCAUGCAAUCACUCUCUGCCGAACUGCAGUCUCGUGCGCGUGUCUUCGCUCAAAUGAAAGACCCAGCCAUGCCACCCGGCCGCUGGAACAAAGACGAUCAGCGCCAUGUAUGCGGUGCAUAUCGCGACAAUCGCCAAGUUCCGUACGAGGGAAUUCUGGCAUCCACUUUCAACGCGAAGCAGAAGGAACUAAUGUACGGCAUCAUCGAGCAAUACUUGCUUUACCUGCCUGCAAAGGCCCGUGCGAUGAAAGUCGACCAGAUCCGUCAGCAUCAGGGCGAAACAUACUUUUGCUGGAUUGGGGGCUUCACAGACGAUGAUCCGUUUUACUACCGGAUUCAGAGCCCCGUGAUUUUGAUCGAGUUUGAUCAUCACUCGGGGGUGUUCUUGAAGAACGAGGAGCCUAAGAAGUUUCACAUUCAUACUUUGCUACGGACGCCAAAUGCGGGUGACUAUGGAUACGCCUUGCGGGCUCAGAUUCCUGCUGUAGAGGGCCCGAAUGCCAAGGAGAUCGUGUGGUAG